AUGGCUAACGUGCCUGGUCACAACGAGGCAGACCAUGUGAUGGGCGCCCACCCCGCGCCGGCCCUCGACCAGGUUCAGCGCCGCCUCCUCGACGCCGGCCGCAUCCUCCUGACCGGCGGCUGGCUCGUCCUCACCUACACCAUCGGCAACCGCGCCACGAACGCCGAGCACGCUAUGUUCGGCUUCGCGCUUCUGCUUCUCGGUGUUUUUCUGGUCAUGCUGUCGCCGGUGGCCCAUCGGUUCCCGGGAGCAACACGGUUUGGCACCGCCGUGGCGGACGCCGUCCUCUUCUACUUAUUGGCGCCAGCCGGGAAUUAG